AUGGGCCAUGUAGACGGCCUGUCGAGGUUAUACCAUCGGCCGGACGACGGCGUAAUGGGUGCAAUUCGGAUGGCAGACCUGCUCAAUGGAGACGAGGGAGAAGGAGUCGAUCCUGGAACGCCGAGUCCGGAAGAGAUCCAAACGAUGGAAGGGACUCCGGAUCCCGGAGGAACGAGCGUUGAGAACGCCGAAGAGAGUGUUGUCCCUGUCAGGGAGCGUCUCGAAACCGCCGGUCCUGAGAAUGGAACGCCAAGGGAUGGGUCACUGGAGCCGGACGAGCCUCUCACACAAGCGGAACAGGAAGAGGACCUCCAGAGUGGAACUCCUUUGAUGCACCCGUCUCCUGUGGACGUAUUUGGACUGGAUUGCGAUAACGUUGGCGCUUGA